AUGGCUCCCAUUAGCCUGAUGCCCCGGUUCCAGUCAGAGACCUUUCACCUGCUCGCCAAAAGAAAGAAAAACUGGGCCGCCAGGAACCCCGGUGUCGUGCUGGUCUUUUGCAUCGUGUUCCUCGUCGCCCUCGGAAUAAUUUCGCUCUUUGCCUAUCGCCGAUGGAUGAAGCGGAAGGCCAAUAAGGAAUCUUAUGAAACAACCGAGUAG